AUGAACGACGCCAACGUCAAUGCCGCAUGCUUAGACUUUCUCGUCCAGGAAUUGGUUCCCACCGCGGUCCGUGUGUCCAGCAGGCUCCUGGAGACUUCCGGGCGUGAUUCGGACGCGGAUAUUGCUACUCGUGUGGAUCUGAAACUUUCACUGAUUCCCAAUGAUUUUCCCGGUUCGGUGGCUGCGGUCAACUCACAGCUCGUUAAUAGUGAUGAUGUGACGCUCCGAAUAGAAAACUGUGGAUAUAACCUUGGAAUACGGCUCGCCGACCUUUUGGCAUAUAAAGCAUUUUCUGGACCGUCCAGUGGAAAAGUGGUGGAUAUUCUCGACAUAAUGAAGUUUGUUUGUCGCGAUGUAUGGAAGGCGUUGUACGGCAAGCAGAUGGAUAACUUGCGUACGAACCACAGGGGAACGUUUGUGCUUGUAGACAAUGGUCAUAGAAUGAUAGCUCAUCUAAGCAGCUCCAAGGGAACUGCAGAUACGUUAGCUAAAGCGCACACAUAUUUGUGGUAUCCAUGUGGAGUCAUAAGGGGUAUACUUUAUAGUUUUGGAGUGGAAAGCGGAGUUAGUGCCGAGAUCUCACAGUUUCCAGCAGUGACAUUUAACAUCCAAACGUCGAUAAAUAACUAA